AUGGAAGACGUCACCUUGCUCGAAGCGGGCGCUCCUCGGGUCCACUUUGCCUUUAUCAAGGCGCUUGAAACGGCAAAGAACGAAGCAGAAGCAGAGGACAUCAUCCUGCACGCUUUGCUCAACGCUCGAGCAGCAACAUCACAACGCUCUUCCAGCACGUGGGCGGCAAGCUUCGUGAGUCAGAAUCGCUGCAGUCACACUCACGACUGGAAUGUGCUGCUUUCCGAGACUGUGGCUCACCGUUUGCUGCCUGUAUGCGCAGUCAGAUCUGCCCGCCCAGCUUCUCAACGUGUUGCACAUUGCACAGCUCAGACCAGAUCUGCUGAGCGCUUCUUCGCCCAUCGAUUGGCUAUUGGUUCCCGCUUUGCAGCUGUCUGCAUCCGACACGAGCGUGCGGGAGACGGUCAUCGCGCAUGCAAUACUCGACCAUGUACUGCGACCAGCGUCGCUGCUGCAGCGCUCACUCGGACAGUCUGCCCCUUCGGGCUCCGUCCUGCAAUCUCAAGAAGAGACAGUGCCGGACCAAGUACUGUUGCUGCUCAACACAGCUCGCGCGACUAUAGUCGGACCCAAAGGUAAAGGACGUCAGCACGCUGCCCCCAGCACCGGCCCCAGCGCCCAAAGACUUAGAGCCUCACUCUUGACGGCGCGAAGAAACGCUGUUCUGGCCUCCAUAUGCGGCCGGACGAUACGUGGGCCUAAUGCCGUCACAUCUCUUUGGGGCCCAUUGCUAGCUAUUGCAGACGCUAGCAACAAAGAUCAGAAGGAACGGGCCAAGGCGAUCAAUGCGCUGAUCGCGCUGGCUGCGGAUGCGGACGAAGGCCAGAAAAGGGCACUGUGGGCGCUGAUCAAGCAAGCGCUGCCAGCGCACUCAGGAGGUGAACUGUCCCGCUCGGGCGAAGACGAUUUGAUUGCGAGCGCGUCAAGUUCUCGACGAGACAGGCCGGCGUCUCAUGCGCUCUUGUCCGUGCGAAGAGCCGCAGUCAAGGGAGUGAAGGCGAUGCUGCUGGAAAGGUUCAUCGAGGCGGAAGAGGCCGCAGCGCUCCUAUUGAGCUGUCUGCAACGGCAUGGGUACGCGAUAUCGCUCGCCUUGAGUAUAGCAGCGCUAGAAAGCUUGAAGUUAUGCUGCGAGCGGACACUUUCGGACGACGUUCGACGAUCAAUCUACGUGACCACACUCCCAAUCGCAACCACAUCCGCCGAAUCGAAAGGUGGAUCUGCGCUCGCACUUCUACUUGCCGCUGCGCAGACUUUGGGAGCGGCAUACAGACCUGAACCAAGCUCAGAGACUGAGGCGCAGCUCUGGAACUCAAUUGGCAGCACCAUCAGCUCCCAUCUUCGAUCCAGAACACCCAACUUGCGAGCUCUGGCCUUGAGGUGUUUGGAAGCCUUGCUACCUUUGAAGUGGCAAGAUGGAGGCGGCAGUCCUCUGGUUCAGGGCGAAAAGGAAUGGGAAGCUUUGCUGAGCGGCUUGAGCGAUUUGGAUCAAACAAUCAGGCAACUCGUGAGUGGCGUGGAAUUUGAGGAAAGUCCGAGCAUCGGGUCUGAAUACGCUCACCAUACAAUUGUGAGCUAGACUUACGAUGCUGCCUGCCGCUUCUAGACGCUCCGUCUCCUACAUCAGAUUGAUACCACCAUCAUGAUACAACAUCAAAAGGGCAUACUGGAAGCCUUGAAGACUGCGACGGAUGCGCCGACUGCCAAGCUUCUGGCCCUGCGAAGUGUCGAAGUGUCUUCUGUCAUUCUAUCCACCAGUCGUUCAGACGCAAGCGCGAACGAUAGCGACGUCUUUGUUGCAACCACACUGGAGACACUUCGAUGGUUACAAGCAGCUUCAGCAUCCCUGUCAACUCUCAUGCGCCCACAUUACGAGCUGGCAGAAGCUUUCUGCAAGGCCUUGAUAGGCCGAACCGCGGAUGUUCGCAGAAGCAUAUCAGCUCGCCUUAUUGAGGUCACCUUUGCCGAUACGCAACUGUCCUCUUUUGCAAGCGGGGCAUUCAUGUGUGCCUCGCUGUCCGUCGCGCACGCCUCGACAGGCCAUCAGGCUUGCGAGGCAUUGGUUGGGCUGCUUGAACAUGCCGAUCUUGGUAAGUCAUCCGAACCGGGUGCUAGACUAGCUUCAUGGCCGUUUUGCUUCAUUCGCUCACACUACUGCAUCUUUGCCCACUUUCCUUUUGUAGAUCAGGUGCAGGAAGCUAUGCUGUUGGCCCUCGCACACCAAGCUUCGCAUCUGCCCUUCACCGUCGAAGUGCAGGAGCGACUCGAGCGAUGGGCGCAAGCACGUUCCAGACAACUUUCCCUGGUGAGGACAAAAGGAGUGCAAAGGAUCUCACACGAGGCGGAUUGGUGAUGCUUUGUAGCUGAUAUGAGCUUUGUGGAAACAUCUUGCUGCUGCAUUGCGCUCAAAAGAGAUGCGAGCAGGUCUUGCACGUCUCAAAGGACAGGAAUGCAGCAGAGCGGAUACGCGUAGCUUUGCCAAAGUCGACCAACGUGAGUCUAGAAGCUCGUUAUUCAGCGGAUUGCGCCAAUGGGCAAAACUUGGCACUUCCAGAGGCCUGCCCUGACGCACUUACUUGUUGCGUCUGAUCCGCCCGUCAUCCAUCUGCAUGCUCAUCCGCACAGCUUCUCGACGUGCUGCAAAUCAUCGAAGCUUUCUUUACAAAUUCUUUAAAAGGCAAGCAAGAGCUUUUCAAGAGUCUUUCGCCACCUUCCGCCUCUGUUCUAUCGGCAAGGCGGUCAAGCUCACGUGAGCUCAGGCAUCACGCUUAUCCCGACGCUCCUCUUUCGCGCUCCGCCAUUAGCGAUCAGAGUCGCCUGCGUCGCAGUCGCGCCGAGCUCGGAGAGGACGACGCCGCCGCCGCCGCCGCCGCAGCAGCAGCAGAAGAAGAAGAAGAGGAAGAGUUGGACCAUCUCUCUUUCACAUCGAAUAACCGACGAGGACCAGCCAAUCCCAUCACGCUCGCAUCCCUCACCAACUCGGUGAUGGACAUGUGGAACACUUUGAGCAGCGUCCAGACUCGCGCUUCCACCUCGACCUCGACCUCGACCAGGCAUACGGGCGGAAGCAUGAGGCGAGCAGAAGAGAGGAGAAAGCUGUUCGAUGCGGAUGCGGAUGAAGAAGAGGCGCAGCAGGAGGCAGCACGCGAAGAAUGGCAGGAUGGGAAGGAGGGCUGA